CUUAAAUUCUGGUGUGUCUGUUGUUCAUUUCUAAUCAAGUUGUGCUUCGUGCGUUUCACAUCCAAGUUCUAAACAAGGUUGAAAAUGACUCUUCCAGGACCAAAUGGAGGGAGCCUGUACUUUGGUGCUAACGGUGCUGUACCAAACUCUGGGCCGCCGGAUCCAGGACUGCACAGCAACAGUCAAGACCCUGGACCUUUGUUUCAUCCCCAACACCAUGUUUCUGCACGCCCUCUCUUCUACAUUCAUCCUCAACCUCCACCUCCUUUCCAUCCAUACCAGUGGCCCAUGCCCUUCUCGUAUAACCCAUUUGCUGGCUAUCCAGGCAUGGGCUAUGGUAUGGUCAUGCCAUCAUUUCCCCCUCCCCCCUACAUGGAUCCUUCAGCCUACCUUCUUCCCCAGCCUCAUAUGCAAGCAGUUGACUACAGACGGUUGCUCCACCCCCAGGUCCAUGCUCCCAGUGCUCCCUUCCACAACCCAAACCAGAUCCGCAGAACUCGCCCCCCACAUACAGUACAGCACAGAGAAACCAUGAACUCUGAGGUCCAAACAGAGCCCACACACAGAGAGCCGGGUGGUUCUGGUGGAGGAAGCCUAGUUGCCAGCUCAGAUUCUGGUCAUGGAACAACUUCAAACUCGCCAUCUUCAAGCUCCAGUCCCAUAAAAAGAGUCUGUGCCACUGUUGAGAAUCACAACUUGCCUAGCAGUGAUACAGAGGACGUCCAGCUUAACGAGGCCAGUAAAAUUAUCACGGAGAAACAUGGGAGCAGCAUCCCACAUCUUACGAAGACUGUCCAUUCAUGUAUCAGAGAAACACAAAAGGGCCGUACAGAUACUAUUUGUCAGGAGACUGUAUCCUCUUGCAGAAGCGCUCACUGUAAUAUGUGGUCGGUGAGUUCUUCAGAUAGUAUGGUCCCGAUCUGUAGCUCUUCUCAAGAAGAGAAUGAGGUUGCCAAAGAGAGACGCGUCUCAAUUCCUGACAUUCUGAUGAGUUGGGGAGGUAGGACUCCACAAUCAAAAGUGAUAAAAAUGACCAACAAGAUGCUGCCUCAUUGCAACCACCAGGUGUUGUCCCAAACUGAAUUGGAGCAUGAAAGUCCUCUUUACCUGAGCCCAACUGUGACUCAGGAUGCUCCAGUGAUGACUGACAAUACUCAUGGUGAUGAUGCUGUGGGUUUCUUGAGUUCAAAGACCAGUGAAGCAUUUUUUAAGAUCCUCAAACUACCCAAGGUCUCAGAUGAGCAAGAAGAUGGCCAUGAGACGUGUCUAGAGGAAGACACUCCAGAAGUCAGUCACAAUGAAAUGCCUUUUAAUAGUUACAGGACUGGGAGAAAAAUGAAUGAGUCUGUUUGGUCUGUGGAGUCUCUACCUCUCUUUGCUCCCUCUAAGGAGUGGCUACUGCAGAAUGGCAUGCUAGAACCUGAUGUAAUUGUUGAGAUAACAGAGGAAACUGAAAAUUGCGAACAGUCAACAGAAGGUGACAAUCUAAUUGUCAAGGCUGGUAAGAUGAAGCGGCAUUGCAGGAUUCCACCAAUGGUGCCAGAGUUGGAUAAUGAAAUGUAUGCUUAUGAAAUGAAAGGACAAUGCAUAACUCCAGAAAACAUUCCCUUUAUUUCCAUGACUGGCCUGCAGGACAAAAUAAAAUCUCCCCUCAAUGCCAAGGAUGUGGAUGAAAAUGGGUCUUCUGAACCUGAGGCUAAUCAAAGCCCAAAUCAGGAACCUCUUAUUGUAAAUGGGCAAAAGGAGAGAAGCCCCUGUCCUCCGGCCCUUGGGGCAGUUCUCCUCUUGAGCUCUACAUUAAGAAAGGGAAUCUCUUUUGCAGAUCACCUGAUUGUACAAAACGGAGUAGACAUUGAGGUGGAGGAUGAAACCUGUGCGAACGAAGAAGUCAGUCGUCUGGGAAAUGAACAGUUGUGUGUACCAGUGGCUAAACCGAUUAUGACUGAAGUGUCUCCAUCAAAGGGCCAUUUAGUGGAUUGUGGCAUUCAGUGUACCGAGUUACAGGAGCCGUGUUCUUGUAGAGAGGUGAUGGAUGACAUGGAAACAAAAAGAAGGCAUCCCUUUAAAUAUUCAGAUGUGAAGAUGGCAAACAAAGGACAGGAUGAACGAUGUGGAGGACACUUGCAGCGAAACCAGAAGAGGCAUUACCAGCGGAGGAAGAAGGCUUCAGAAGAUUACGACAGGCAGCAGGAGGCUUUCAGCGGCUACUAUGUAAAAUCAAGAGGUGGAAAUGGAAGGAAUACAAGAUGCUGAGUACUGACCAGUCAUCAAGACAAACCUUUUAUUUUUUUUUAAAGAAUAAAUUUAUUCACUAUAGAGAAUUUCAAUUUAAUACAAGGAGUUUUUUCAAUAAAUGUGUUUGAUAAUGUU